AUGUACAUCUCCUUUUACAUUACAGAUGCGAGGCACCAUUUGGUGUUCCAGUACCUCCCCAGUGCAAACUGUCCAUCUUUCAAGAACUUGUGGACGAGGAUCUCUACGGCGUGUCCUGAUUUGACGGUAUCCGAUUCUGGAGCGCUCCAUGGGACCGUAGGCAAGAAUCUUGUCGUGUCCAAGUACUACUCUGAUGCAAGCCACCUUUACUAUUUCUGUCUGUCGUCCGCUUCCGAUAGAGACGCUGGAGAUGUCGGACUUAUGUCCCCCACUGGGAUGGAACCGUUUGUUCUAAUGUCGCAGAUUGAUCUUGCUCUGCUAGAGUACUUCGACAAGGAGCAAUUGAGUGUGAAGAAAGUUGUGAACAAUCACGAUCAAUUGGCGCUGAUCUUCAACUGUCUCGUGAACAGCGGCGAACCGAGCGUCAACGGGAUGUACAGCAACCGGAUCAAGACGAUUGUACCGAUGAAAUCGGACUUUUCCAAGAUCUUGAACUCCACCGCGCAGAGUCUACAACACGUUGGCCAGAACCUGAUGUCGCGCCCCCCACAUUUCCCACAGCACCAGCAACAGCAACAAGUGGCACCACUGCAACACACAGAUGAGGAGGAGAUAGUCCCCUGGCGGAGUGCGAAAGUGAAUUCUCGAAGGAACGAGUUCUACGUGGACGUGAGGGAGUCCGUGGAGGUAGUAGUCGAGCGAGCCGCGCACAGGAGCACGUCCCGUGGCACACCUGCCCCUCUGCAGCUUGUUACCGGGUGUAUCACUGGUGUGGUAGACUGCAGGUGUUACCUGAGUCGGGACCCCAUCGUCGAAGUAACUUUCAACAACCACGGGUGUGAUCUGGGGACCCCAGCACUACAUGACUGUGUCGAGCUAGAUGGGGUUCCCGAGGGCCCCGCGGAUCACACCACUCUGAAGUUUAUCCCACCAGAUGGUAAAUUCAGACUGAUGGAGUAUAGCGUCACUUUGGGGGACCCUCGGGCGUACUUCGGUCUCGUGACCCCUAGUUUCGAGGACGGGCUGGGCAAGAACAACGACGAGUUUGAGGUCGCCGUGAGUGUCGGUGGUUCAACGAAAGUCGACGCCGUGGCAGACCUCANAGUGGCACUACAGUUCUCCGCCCCACUGACCCAGGGCCAAGCGGAACAGACGGAGUACAAAGUGCGGAUACUGCGCACGACACACGGACGGUACAGCCAGGGCGUGCACUACGACGAGGGCAAGUGGGUCUUCGACGCAGAGACACCUACCGGGGUCCUCGCCGUCCUGCGCGGCUGCAUCGAACGGUGCCCGACUACACCGCAGGCUGGGACCCCAGUGGGGGUCCCCCCAGAGACCCCCACUGGCACCGCUGCCCGUCUGUCCCGCGCCACGGUGUCGUACCGUCACGAGCAGCAGCUGGCGUCAGAGAUCCAGGUCGAGGCGAUCAACAUCCGCGGGACGCGUGGCGGCCGCGAACUGUUCAAGGGCGUGAAAUACGUCACUGUCGCCUCCGCCGUGGAACUCCGCGGAUAA